GUGACUCUGAGGACUGUCAACUUCUCCUAGGGCAGAUUACCCCCCAGUGCGCCAAACGCCAUAGCUCACUCGAUAAGCUACGGAAUCAAGUGAUUCAACUUUCAGUGGAAAGCUGACGCUGCAAGCUACAACAUAUCCGAUUUUCAGAUCGUUUCAUCGAUUGGAGUUUUGGAUAUAGCUUUUCGAAGGUCGCGAGUUUUCUGGGCGUCAUAACGAAGUGCUGCAGAAAUUUCCAAGAAGCCAUUGAAUCAUCUGCUUAUAGCCUUCUCUAACCAACAAGUGGUAUCAGAGCCCAUUAUCACGCAUUUGGGACCUAAAUUACGAUGGGAGAUAAGGAGGACUCUGGUGGAGGUGAUACUUCAGUCCAAGGAGGCAGCUCAACCCAAGAUUCUGGCAUUGCAGCGCAAAGGGGAGCGCAUACAAGCCAGGGGUCACUGCUUAAGGAGGUGCUGAAGAGCUUCACCAUUGAGAAGUUCUCUGGAGAUGGCUAUGAUGAUUGGGCAUGGAAGAUGCAGCUCUACUUUCGACAAAUUGGCCUCUUGAAGCUCAUGAUUGGAACGGAGCCCAGGCCAAAGGAAAUGGCAGAGCAAGCGGACUGGGAUGAACGUUCAUCUGCUGGGUAUUAUCUACUGUCACAAAGCUUGGAGCUGAACCAGAGGCAUCACAUCAUGCAUCUGCUACCGGAAACUGAUUGUGGGCCCAAGGCAUGGGCAGUGCUCAAGGACCUGCACGCUCCGACAUCGGUUGCCGCUUCUCUCAUGCUGGAUCGGGAGCUGUCCAUGCUGCGGUUGAGCGAGAAUGAACCUGUGCAGCCCGUUCUGGACAAGAUGAGGGAACUCUACGCGAAAUUGGCGAUUGCGGGCAUCACGUACCCUGAGCAGACUAAGUGUCUCAAGAUGCUCAGCCUGCUGCCCGAGUCUUGGCUGCAAUUUAUAAGCGGACUCAGCUUGCCACAAAACCAAAAUCAAUGGACAUUGGAGUGGAUUCGCACCAAGAUUCUGGAAGAAGAUUUUCGUCGCUACACACUGCGCGGAGGUGAUGACAGCACCAGCGGCUAUGCCAUGCAAGGGACAUGGAGGGAUCGAGGGCGUGGCAAUCGCGGUCGCUCUUACUACAGCCAAGGUGGUCGCGGGACUUGGAACCAGCGGGGGCGUGGUGGCGCUGGUGCAAGAGGAAGAGGUGGUCACUCCAACAAUGACAACAGUGAACCACGCUUGAGGGGAGAGUGCUGGUAUUGCAAGGAAGAAGGGCAUCCAUGGUUUCGCUGCUCUACCAAGCCCGACUGGUGGACCCCUUGGAACCAAUCGCAAAAGGGGAAUGGAGGAAAGCAACCACGUGGAGGUGCCAACAUGGUAGCUGAUCCUGCUGAAGAAACCUCCAAGGAUGACAGAGGAAUGGGAAAUUAGGAGAGGAAUGCUGGACAGUUCUACCAUGUGUGUGACAAAGAUGACAGUGGCACAGCUGUUGCAAGGGCUGGAGAGGAAUUGCACCCGCUUGACAUGUGGGUCAUGGACUCUGGUGCUGCAUGGACAAUGACACCACGCAAGGAUUUGCUGGAUGCUGUGCGAGCGCCUCCAAUCUCUGAAGUGCGCUCAGCAUCCGGACAUGCAGUGAAGGUCGCUGGAGUUGGUCGAGCUGCAUUCAGAGCA